ACCAAGGAAUCUUUGUUGUUAUCCGAAUCUCCAGUAAUAACAGAGAAUGAAUUAGAAAAAGACAAGGAGCAAGAGGAGAGAAACCAAGAAAAUCAAGUAGACUGUCUAAGCCAAAGUAUCCUUCAACAAGAACAAGAUUCAGUUCCAAGUUCUUUGGACAACACUGCACAAAGAACAGAGAGUUUACUCUCACAAGGUUUAGGUCUAAGUUCCCUCGAGAUUGACAAUCAUGAAGAAGAAGAUGAAGAUGCCUACUUCUGUUACGUAAAGAAUGUUCUAAAACUUUCAGGCUUCCUUGAAAACGUUUACGACGGAGAAAAAUGGCACUCAGAGGAACAACCACUGGAUCCAUCACUGCUCUACCAAGUAGACAUGCAAGAAGAAAAAGAAGUGAACAAAGAGAUUCUCUUUGAUCUUGUUAAUGAAGCUAUCAUUGAGACUCACAACCAAUCACACAUCUAUUUCCCCAAAACAUUCUCUUUUGCAUAUCCAAAUGAGAAACGUUUUCUUGAUGAGGUCUGGGGAAGAGUAGAGUGGAGCCUUUCGGGGAUAGGAGCUGAGAAUAGAGAUUGCUCAUUGGAUGAUAUUGUGGGAAGAGAUCUUACAAAAGGUGAUGGAUGGAUGAAUCUUAGAGGUGAUACUGAAUGGUUGACUCUUGAGCUAGAAGAUCUGAUUUUUGAUGAGGUUUUAGAUGAAAUGAUUUGUGUUUAUUAGUAGUUUACAUAUGUUUUAAUAAUAUUAAUACUCAGUAGUUAUACAUACAUGUAUAUAUAUGGUUGAGUGAAACAAAUUCAAGAUUUCAUACACUUUGUAAUAUAUUA